UAUUUACCAAGUUGACAGCCCUUUUGACCCGCAACGUGCAUCUUAACGCGGCAGCGCAAUUACUAUUAUAUUUAGUUAAUAUUAGUUAGUUGGGUGUUUAUUAUUAUUUAUUAUGCCAUGAGCAUCUAUCACGACGAGGUUGAAAUUGAGGAUUUCGAAUACGACGAGGAGGAGGAGAUGUAUUACUAUCCAUGCCCCUGCGGUGAUCGAUUUCAAAUCUCCAAGGAGGAGCUUAUCGAGGGUGAGGAAGUGGCCACCUGUCCCAGUUGUUCCCUAAUCAUUAAGGUCAUCUACGAUCCAGAAAUGUUUAAGGCCGAAGAGGAUGAGUCAGCGGCCUUAAAUGAGAAACUCAAUGAAUUAAAAUUGGAGAAGAAUUAAAUAGAUAAGCAUAAAAUGUGGUGUAAUUAUAAAUAGUUUUAUUUAAUAUAGUUUUCCGUUUAAUUGUAAAUAAUACGUUGACUAGUAAACAAUGCUACAUCAUUACAAUGUGUUUAGCAUUAAAAUUAGUUAAAACAAA